AUGGGUCUGACCAUUUCCUCUGAUGAAGAGAAGAGCUCCGCCAUCUUUGGCGCCAUCGUCACCUACAUGAAGCACUUGGGGGUCAGAGCCAAGGGGAGCGAAGGGAAGAAAUCCCGGAGCCACUUCUUCCGGAAGAAGCAUUCCGGUGCCCGGAAGCCGGAGGAGCCGCAGGGCCGGGCCCGCCGGGGGUUCCUGCUGCCGGGGGGGGCGCUGUGGGGCCGGGACCCCCAGGCCCCCGAGGGCCGGCACGGCAAAGGCAGCGAGAGCGAAGGUAACGACCCCCCCCCGGAGGUGGGGGGGGAGCCCCCAGGCUCCUUCCUGCCCCUCCCCCCCCCCCCGGAGGCGGAGCCGGAGCCGGAGCCUUGGCGGGUCCUGGUCCCCCCCCCCGUGCUGCAGGGGCUGAGCAAGAGCGAGCGCCGGCGCCAGGAGGUCAUCGAUGAGCUGGUGCUGACCGAGGGGGCCCACGUGCGGGUGCUGCGGGUGCUGCUGGAGCUCUUCUAUGGCCCCGCCCUGCGGGGGGGGUUCUUCCCCGCCCCCGACCUGCACAACAUCUUCCCCGGCCUCGAGGACCUUGUGGAGGCGCACGCUCUGUUCCUGGGCAGCCUCAGGCGGCGGCAGGAGGAAAGCGGCUUCGUCAUCGGGGCCAUCGGGGACCUGCUGCUGGCGCGGGUCAGAACCCAAACUAGCCCCAAAACACCCAAGACCCAAAAGCAUCGCAAGGACGCGCGCUUCAACCACCUCAUCCAGGAGGCCGAGAGCCACCCCCGCUGCCGACGUCUUCAGCUCCGGGACAUCAUCCCCAGCGAGAUGCAGCGCCUGACCAAGUACCCAUUGCUCCUGCAGAGCAUCAGUGCUUGUACCGAGGAACCCAAGGAUCGGGCCCGCGUGGAGAAGGCGGCCGAGUGCUGCCGCCGCAUCCUGGACCACGUCAACCGGGAGGUGCGGGACAUGGAGAACCUCAUGAAGCUCAAGGAUUACCAGCGCCGCCUCGACCUCUCCGGCCUCAAGCAGAGCUCGGACCCCUUGCUGAGCGAGUUCAAGUGCAGGGACCUGACCAAGCGCACGCUGGUGCACGAGGGGCCCCUGAGCUGGCGCCUGAGCAGGGACAAGGCCGUGGAGGUGCAGGUGCUGCUGCUCGACGACCUCCUGGUGCUGCUGCAGCGCCAGGACGAGCGCUUCCUCCUGCGCUGCCACAGCCGGAGCCUGGCGCCGGCCCCCGACGGGAAGCGGCUGCUGAGCCCCGUUCUGCGCCUGCGCGCGGCCAUGACGCGCCUCGUGGCCACCGACCCCAAGGCCUUUUACGUCAUCAUCAGCUGGGACAAUGGGGCCCAGAUCUACGAGCUGGGGGCCCAGACGGUGGCCGAGAGGAAGAACUGGUGUGACCUCAUCAAUGAAACCGCCGGAGCCCUCCCCCUCCCGGGGACCCCCCGUGGGAAAGGGGGGAGGGGCGGGGCCCCGCCCCCCACCCCCCUCGAAGAGGAAGAGAACGGGGGGGGGGUGAAGGAGACGCUGGAUGAGGUGCCGGUGCUGGGCACUGCCCCCCCCUUGCCCGGGGAGGGGGGGCUGGCGGCCGCUGCGCUGCAGAGAGUGGCAGCUCUGAGGCGGCUCCUCCCCUCCCCCCUCCCCCCACCGCGGGACGAGACCGAGGCUCCCGAUGGGGGAGGGGCAGGGGUCACGGAGCCCCCCCCCUAUGCGGCCGGGGUGGGGGAGGAGCUGCGGGGCCUGGAGGAGGUGCUGCUGAGGCUGAAGGAGCUGGAGGAGAGCUGGCAGCUCCAACAGGCCCUGGGCAAGCGCGGCCCCACAGGAGCCGGAGACACGUGA